GUUCUACUCUUUCAAAGCAAUGUCAAUCACCAGCUGAUUCUGUCGCAUCAUGUGACUGUGCAUGCAGCCAUGUCUCGAAAUGCCCAUCAGUCUCGAGGGCGGUCCUCGCCACCAAGUGAUGGGGGCCGAAUGAACGACGAGGAGCGUCCUUCCAAGCGUCAAAAGGAAACACAUCCCCAGGAGCUCUCGCGAUUCAAGGAGGUUGGACUCAUGCGCAAUGGCAUGGGACGGGCCUCUGCAAGCUUCAUCGGAAGUGCUAGUGGCAUCCAUUUCAUUCGCUCUGUCUACAGCGCCAUGGCUGGAAGAACGUCUCAUCCUCACGGAGAGGAUCCAGAGAGCAAUCUUGUUCCUGGGGAGGAUGAUCGCCUUGACAGCGGCUGGGGCCCCAGUCGAUACCUUCAAAUAUGGCAACCACACGAGGUCAAUUUGACCAAUGAUCCUCUCAAGGAGACCUUCACAUUCGACGACCUUGUCCAAUGGUCUGGAAGUUACUUUGAUCUCUGGCAUCCAGCUUAUCCAUUCCUGCAUGCUCCGUCGAUUCUUGAAUCCUUCGAGAGGUUCGCCCAGAACGGACUCCCUCGGGAGAAUACCUACGACUCCAUUCUCAUCAGAGCCAUAAUUUCGAUCAGCCUCUGUGACCGCCGACAGAGGAAUGAUCCAUUUCCGCGCCCCGUCCCCAAAUGUCUUGUCUUUACCACAUUUGAGGAUGCUCUUGAAAGCAUCCAGCCCGCUGUGACAAAUGCUGCCACAAUCUCGGCGUUGCAGGCUGUCGUCUCGGUUCAAUUAUUGGAAGUGUCCAUGCUGCGACUAAAGUCAGCUUCGCGCCUGGGGGGUCUGGUCAUUCGACUUGCGUUUCAGAUGGGCCUCCAUCGCUGUCCUUCGCGGUUCGUCGCUUUCAGUCCAGCCGAACGACAGCUUCGUCAGAGACUCUUCUGGUCGAUUUAUUGUAUUGAUAGACACUUGUGCCAGGCACUGGGUCUGCCCUUGACGGUGCGAGAUGAUGACAUUGACGUUUGUUAUCCCGACCAAGAACGUCAUAUCUUGCCAGCAGCCAACCCUCAACAACACGCGGGAGCCAGAAAACGAGAGCAACAAGCCGAUAGUCGUUUGAUGGUUCUAGCUCUCUUGGCCAGACACGCUGAAAUCAAGGGCUGUAUCAUGGAACUUCGAAACAAGAUGGUGUCCUCCCGAGAAGAAAGCUUGGAACGGGCUGUCUUUGUCAAUUCUAGACUUACACAAUGGUGGAACCAAGUUGAGGAUGCUAUUGAGCAAGCCGAAUAUCAAGGGGCCCCUUUCAAUGUCCUGCACAAGGCUAUCUUCACUGUCCUCAAGCACGAAUCGAAAAUUGCACUCAAUCGGCCACUGCUAACCACAUCCAAAAAGACGGCCAGUUAUGCCGGGGCCCUACAUUCCUGUAUUGCCGCAUCCAAGGCAAUUAUCUCCACACUCCAUGCUUUGGUGGCCCCGGUCAACGACACAAUGAGUCUUUCACCAGGGCAGAAUCAAAAGGUUUAUCAGCCCAUGUUUUGGCCUUCGUUCACCUGGGCUGUAUGGAUGAGUGCUUUUAUCAUGUUAUACGCCGCGAUGGAGAACGAAGUCGAUUCUCACAUCGCUAUGCGGAGUACGGACCGCAGCCUUCAAAUCCUCGAAAAGCUUGGUUCACGAGGAAGUAUCUGGCCAUCGGCUUGUGCAAUCGCCAUCCGCGAUAUGCGUACAGGUCUUUCACAACCUGAUCAGAGCAGCGAGACCAACCGAAACCCGCCAAGCUCAUCCAAUCAUUCCGACAGCGGUAUUGUAGCGCGACAGCCCGAAACGGCGGCGCCAACUAGCCACAGCAAUGAUACCAACUACUUUGCCGAAGAAGAAACGGACACUAGCAGCAGCCAGCAUGCUGGGUGGGUGAUGCCUUAUGCUACCACCCAACCACCAACACCUCCCCCGCAGCCCCAACAACAGGCCAAGCUCAAUCAAUACUCGACAUUCACUCCGAGUCCGACGACUAUGCCGGCUACACAACCUUCGAGGGCUGGUGGACUCAUGGACAUGCAGAAUCCGCAGACCUAUGCCGAGCCGAUGGGAUCUGGAAGUGGGCAGUAUACUCAGCAAUACUCAGCUGGGGUGCACUCGAAUGUCUUCCCAGAAACCAUGUCGACCAAACCAUGGCCAGACUUUGCCAGCAUAGAAUUGGGGAGCGUGUCUGAAAUGCCUCCUAUCUCGCUCGAUGGGCUGGAUCCUUUGCAAGGGUUUGAUAUACCGUUCUGGAUCGGACAUGACAACACGGCGGCCUGGAUGAACAAUGGAUAGAGACUAUCUCUGCAGUGUGGAGUGUGGAGUGUGGAGCGUGGAGCGUGGAGCGUGGAGCGUGGAGCGUGGAGCGUGGAGC